GACAGUACACAUUUAUGGCUGCCAAUAAAAAAAAACGUCAAAAAUGUUACAGGCACAACAAUCUCAAAAUAGUUUUUUUGGAAUGGAUUUAAACGAUUCAACUUUUAAUUUAACUAAUUUCAACAUGAGUGAAACUGAACCGUCCUACUGCCUAUGUGGUCAGCCCUACGACCCUGAUAUUUUUAUGAUACAGUGUGAUUCUUGCAAAGAUUGGUUUCACAGCAGGUGUUGUAACUUCAGAGAGUGGCAAGCUAUUGAAAUAGAUAAGUAUCAUUGUCCUAGGUGCACUCCACUUAUAGGACCCUCAAUAUACAAAACCUAUCAGAAUACGCAUCGGCAUGAUUAUUGGGAUGAAAAUGCUGCUGGCAAACCGGUCCAGACAGGAACGCCUGCUUUCAUUUUAGAAUUACGAUCUCGACAUUUUACUCCAGCAGAUGAUAUAUGCGUCCAUAUUGGUGGACAUGAACUUACAGAAGAGUUUCUGAAUAGCAAAGGCUUUAACAAACCCAUAAUUAUUCCUAAUAAAGAUGGCUUAGAUAUGAUAAUGCCUCCGGAAAAUUUUUCUUAUAUUGACGUUUUAAAAUUAGUAGGAGAUGACAAAGAAAUAGAUGUUAUCGACGUUUGUCGACAAUCAAAUGUCCGGAUGACUUUAGGAGAUUUUGUAGAUUAUGUUAUAAAUAGUGGACGAACAAGGAUAUUUAAUGUUGUCAGCUUGGAGUUUUCUAAUACAGGGAUGACUCACAUAAUAGAACCCCCUGUACUUGCUCGAAAACUAGACUGGGCAACCACCAUGUGGCCAGACAACAUUGAGGGCAGGCCCCAAGUUCAAAAGUACUGCCUUAUGAGUGUUAAAGACUCGUACACCGAUUUUCACAUAGAUUUUGGGGGUACUAGUGUGUGGUAUCAUGUACUAAGGGGGGAAAAGGUAUUUUAUUUUGUUAAACCAACGCCCGCCAAUUUAACGUUAUAUUCUCAGUGGAUGACUUCCACUAAUCAGAGUGAAACUUUUUUUGGAGAUCAGAUUGAUUGUUGUUACAAAUAUACCCUUAGGCAGGGCCAAACAAUGUUGAUACCUACAGGGUGGAUACAUGCAGUGUAUACUCCAGUUGACUCGCUGGUAUUUGGCGGAAAUUUUCUUCACCAUUACAAUAUAAGCAUGCAGCUAAAUUGCUACGAAAUUGAAAGAAAAACUAAAACAGAUAAAAAAUAUCUGUAUCCUAAUUUUAUAACAAUCAAUUUAUUUGCUGCUGCAAAAUUAUUAGAGGAAAUCAUCAAAAUAAACAUGCAGGCCGGCGGUGGGGUAGGAGCGCCUGAGAAUUUGUUGAGUGGCUUAAAAACACUUCAACAAGCUAUUAAACAUUGGAACAAUGAAAAAGAUUACAACAUGAGUGUAAGAGAGCAGCUACCAUAUGAUAUAAAUAUACCAAAACUACUUAAAGACAUAGGUAAAGAGAUUCGGCAUGCAGAAAGAAUUAUCAACCAUUUAAAUCCACCAAAGCCAGAGAGAGAAUCUAAAAGGAAAAGGAGAAAACCAAUAAAUAAAGAUUUUGUAGAUUAUUCUUUAUCUCCCAGAAGUUUUAAUUUUGAUUACAUGCCAGUACCAGCUUCAGAAUUUAAUUCUAAACCUUCGUAUUCCAAAUCACAAAACAGCGGUCCAAAGUUAAAACUUACACUCCCAAAACCAGCCACUUUUCCAUAUGAAAGAUCCAAUAUGACAAAAUUACCUCCAGUAGUGUACAAUGACAAUCCCUUGCCAAGUAUGGAUAACAAUCAAAUGUGGAGCUUGCCGUUUAGUGAUCGUUCUCAGGAGUCUGUGGCUCCUGAGUGUAAAGGUGGAACUGUGUUAAAGUUUAAAUUAGGAGGAAAAGAUAUAAUUCCACCAGCAAUAGUUCCCCCAGAAAACCUCAUAAUGAACGUAAACGUUAAUAUGCCAUUAGAUCCGUUUGAUCAAAAUUUUGAAAACAAAGAUGUCUACGAUUUUCAUGAUGAUAGCGAUAGAGAUGAUGGGUGUUUAAAUUUUACUAUAGAUGAAAAUCCAUUGCCGCAGCCUAAGAAGAAGAAAAAAACUAUUAAAACAAGAUUGCCAGACGACGAGAUGCAGUCGAACGAGGUACGCGAUGGAUCUAGUCUAUAUAGAGACGUGGAACAUGUAUCUAGUCUAGAUCUAGAAGUAAAAGACAGAUCUAAUCUAGAUAUAGGCAUAGAAGAUGAAUUCUAUUACUCUAUAACUAAGACCAAUCCAGAAAAAAAACGAAUUAUCCUAGAUGACGAAGUGCCGGCAAGUGAGCUAGAAAACAGAUCUAGUGUAGAUACAGAUGUAUCUAGUCUAGAUCUAGAAAUAGAAGAUAGAUAUAAUGUAGAUAUAGGCGUAGAAGAUAAAUCCUAUUUUUCUAUACUUAAGAAGGAUCCACAAAAAAAACGUAUUAUCUUAGUCAUAAAAUCUGUGCCGAAUAAGCAGAAACUGCCUUCGCUAAAUAUAAGUACAAAUGGAAUUGAAUCUCUAUUGCAAGCAUCUCUUUCAGUACCGGGUAGUUCACAUGGUAGUACAUCCCCAUCUACUUCUGAAGCAAUAGCGGGAAUGCUAUCCAUAAGUAAUUGGUCACCUGCAAGUAAAAGUCGAAGUAGAUACCCACAGUUUUCUGAAGAAGACGUUACUAAUGUUCAUCAAGAUGAAGAUUACAUUUACCCUUCUUUGGAUAACUCGGACGACGAAGAAAUGCAUAUAUUUAAACCAAGAGGCCGCAGUAAAACAGAUGAAGCAUGGAACCCCAAGGCGAGAGUUGGUCCGCUUUUGCCUAAAAUGAACCGUCCGGCCAGAGAAGGUACCAAGAAACAAGCUGUUGAAAAGGUACUCGAGGCCGCUGCUGCCAAAAGAACUGGUGAUGGGACUGUUAAGAAUUCUUUAGCAGCAGCGAAACGACAAUAUCGUCGCAAAAAGCUCAAGCCAAAAGCUGAACCUUCAGCACUUGCUGGUACAAUGUUGCUGCCAUCUACUGGUACCCUUACCAGUCCAAUAAUUAAGCCCGCACCUCCGCCGCCGCCGCCACCUGCGACAGUGGUAAGCAGCACUUCGGCGGCUGCGCCUAAGCCCAGAAAAGGGAUGAAGACUGUUAAACAACGAUUAGGUAAAAUUUUGAAAAUUCAUAAGAUGAUUCAUUAAGCCAUUUUUUAGACUUUAAGUGUUUUUGAUCUAUUUUUGUAAAGUGUUUUUAUGCGUUUGGAAUUUUUCUGAAAAAUGGUAUUUCUGUAAGGGCUACCAAUAAACUAAUUUUUGAACUUCUCUAUCUUCAAACAACAGACCGCUCUGGAAAGUACGCAAAUUUAAACAGUUCAAGAAUAAUUUCACAGCACACCUUAGAAUGUUUACUAAACAUAAGAUUAUACUUAUAUGAUUCCUCUUAUAAAUCGCAUUCUCUAAUAGUUUAUAAUUGCAUUUAAAUUUGAAGUAUGACAAUACAGAAGAAUAAAAAAGUUGUAAUUUUACACGGAUUUAAACUUAAUACAGAUAAGAGAGCACGCAAAUAGACUUUCUCAUUAAUAAUGUUCUUUGGCUAUCCAUCAGCCCCUAAUAAUGGAAGUAUCUAACAAAAAUUGUUAUAAAAGUGGCCCAAAAAAAUGCUGGAAAUGAUUUUAAAGUUUAUUACUCAGCCGCUAGAGGGCGUUGCAGCUACGAAAAGUCAAAUUCUAUUUUCGCUAAAAAACUUCCAAUAACGCGGGAAUAAAAAUAUUAUAGUAAUAUUCUGUACAGAUAUCCGUACAAAAAAGUUUUGAUAGAAAUUUCUGUCCAACUAAAGUACUGGGGAAGUUUUUAACUUUAUUGAGAAAAAUAGUUGAAAGUCAGCUCUGGGUAGACCGAUUCAUUUUUUAUAUUUUUUAAUUUUUCGCAGAAGUUAAAAAUUCCCCCCACCACUUUAUUUGACAUCUGACCGAAAUUUCUGUUGAAACUUUUUGUAGGAAUAUCUUUACAGAAUAUUAAUGAAAUAUUUUUAGCUUUAUACCCACGUUAUUAGAAGUUUUUUAGCGAAAAUAGAAUUUUAUAUUACUGCUGAUUUAAAUUAUGAAUGAGUGAGCAAUGAACUUCAAAAUAAUUUCCAGCAUUUCUUUUUGGGCCACUCAAAAUUUUUUUUCAAGUUUAUACCUUUAUUACUGACAUAUAGCCGAGGAACAUUAUUAAUGGGUAUACCCAUUACAAAAAGUGUUUGAAAAAAAAAACAAUUAAAAAUAACAGUCGACUAUUUAUUACCUAAUUUAUUUCACUGGCUAUAUUGGCUGGAAUACACUUUAUAUUGAUACUGUAUAGAUUAUUGAUUACCCCUAGAUCAUCAGAAAUACCAUUUUAAUUUCGAUCUGCCGGAUAAAUUAAAUAUAUCUAUAUCUACAUGUUACUAGCGUAAAAACAUAAAUUUAGGCUUACGCGAACACCAACUCUAGACAUUUUCAGUUUAACAUGUAUAUUUCAUUAUUAUUUGUUAAGUAACAUUGGAUUUUAUUUAGGUUAUAUCAUUUUGAUUCCUCUAAAAUUCGGGAUUUUAAACCAUUCAUAUGCCCUAAAUAUUUUGCUACAUAGAAAAAUUGCCUAUUUUAAAGUUUUUGAAAACAUUAUAUUAAUAUUACCAAUUAGAGGUUGGCUACCUUUGGUUGGUGAUAAUAAUAUGAAAAGGUAUACAAGAAUGUUAUUUUUAUUUCUGAUAUUGGUUUUACUACUACAGCUGUUAUGUUAUCGAUUAUUUCUUUCAAAAAAUAGUAUAACACACUCAAUGUUUAACGAAUUAUACCAUGUAAUAUGGCUUUUUGAAAUUACACAUGAAAUUGUGUAUAAAAGUCUAGAAUAUUAAUAUAUAUACUUUAUAAUAUAUUUGGAUAAAAAGAAGUUUUAGGGCAAUAUGCAAUAAAAGGGUUUAAGCAAACUAUUGUAUAUUGGAUACGGGUAUUAUUUUUUAUACUUCACUUGGGUUUGAUAAGUGUUUCAUUAGAUAUAAUUCUAUUAUCCUCAAAAAUAAACAAUAUUUUGAAUAAUAUAUAAAAAAUGUGCGCCUAAACUGUUUCGGUGUUAUAUUUGGUGUGACCGUAGAAUUAAGGUAUUACAGACUCUAUUAUGUGAUAAAAAAAAAAACUCCUUAACAGUUUUUACGAUAUGCGGUGUUUGCAUUUUAAGUCUUUCUUAAAAGUUUGUUGGUUCUAAUAACGAUACCUAUAUGCAGUGUAAAUUUUUUUUUGUAAUUUGUUUUGUCAAUUAAUUACUUAAACAAUUAAACUACUCUUUUAUGAGUAUUUAUUAUACAAGUGCUAUAUCUCAAAGCCAACAGAAAAGAUUAUAUUAGCAUUACUUUUCCUAAUAUUACAGGAAAAAAUCAUUGGCUUAGGUAAUAUCGAAACUAAAAUUCUUAAAUUUCAAUCCAGCGAGUAACUCAUUAAUUUUUCUAACCUUUAAUGAAGAUUUAAGUUGUUUUGAACGACUUACUUUUUUUAUGAUUUUGACUACAAAUGCCUUUAUAAUAGACAAACUAAUCUAGAAAAUGUAUUAGUGUAUUAAGUGUUUUUAAUAUCAAUAAAAAUUUGUUUAAAUGAAUAACUUCCCCUCCAUGCUUACGUUUCUACUAUUUUGCAAACUAUUUUCGCUGUGCAGUUCUAUUUUUUUAGUAACGUUCAAACUAAGAUUGUUAACAUGAUAUUUGCUAUAAUUUUCUCACAAAGGAUUUUAUGAGGUUUCGAGCUUUUCCAAAUAAUUUAGUCAGGCAAUAUCAUUACAACGCUGAAAUAUGAAACUCCAAAGUAUCUUAAACAAACUAGUUUCACACUGAAUGUUAUUUUUCGUCAUCGCACUGUACCCUUCUUGUUGCUUUUAAUGUUAUUCUGCACUCUGUUAUCAUUCGUCAAUUAUAGAUAGUGCAGCUUCUUAGCCAGGUAAAUAAGUAAUUUGGCUUCCAAUUCUUGGAUCAGUCUUUUACGUUAAGUUUUCUGUACUCCUUGAGAGGUUGAUAUUUAUCGAGCAAAGUUUGGCGAACCGCAGAUAAAAUGAUAGGAACGAAUUUCUUCACAUUGUGCACUUAAUAAUAGAACACAUUUUUUGAUAGGCCUUCAGUAUAACUAGGUUAGUAUUUUUGUUUCAUUUUAAUAGCUAACAGUAAAUUAAAACACUGCAUCUAGGUAUCCAAAAAUUAUGGUGUGUUAAAGAAAAAAAUGCAAAGUUGAACAAAAAAAAAUCUUAUAUAGACUUUAUGUACAGUUGAGAUUUAAUUUUUAAUCCUUAGAGGUUAUUUAUAUUUUGUAUUAUAUGUCCGUGAUUUCUAGGGUAACCUCAAUAGAAAUUUUGACAUUUUCUUUUUUAUGUUGUAAAUAAAAAAUCGUUGAUUUCUGUGAUCUUUGCAAAAUUAGAUUUUGCAUAAUAGUGUAAUCUUUAUAUAGUGUAUAGAUAUUAUUACUUUAGUUUCAUCAUAAAGUAUUGUUGUUUACUACGUUCAUUCAUUUUGUAAAGUGUUAAUGUAUUUCUCAGUCACGUGAUUUCACUUUAUUUUAUGUUAAAUGGUGAUAUAGAUCACCAAAUUACCUCCUUUUUAACCAGGGUGUUUUGGAAAAUCCUCUAGCCUAAUUUUUAAGGUAAUAUUGCAAACAUACAAAACUAACAUUAUUGAAACAAGCUUUUGUAUUUUUGGUCAAUAUUAUUUUCUGAAGGGACAAAUGACCCUUGAGACCUGUCAUCUGUUUUAAUGAAACCCUUUAAGAAUCAAUUUGUUUUUCUUUUCGACAGAGUUAUAAAUUUUUAAGUUUCAAGUUUAUAUAAAAUAUUGUAAAUCUGGAAUCAUUAUAGUAAUGCAUAUUAUAAUUGAGUAUACACCAUGAAAAGCACAGUAACGAGAUAAGCUAUUAGGUGUAUCCACAGUCGUAAUAAAAACAAAACACUCUUAGAUGUC